AUCAACCCACCAGCUGAAAAUAUCUCUCGCACUAACUCGCCAAAAAAUCUGUGAAAUAACCAAAAUUCGAAGAAAAUUAGCAAAAAAUUGAAUUUAUUUUCUUGAUUUUUACCGCAAAACGAUAAAAAGUGCAUGGAAAUUGUGUUAGUUUUGCCGCAAACGAUGCAAAUGUGUUUGGGAUUUUCUCAUUUGUUUAAUGGAGGACUCGAGGAAAAAUAAUCAAUAAAUUGUAAUAAAUAAACAAAAGGGUCUUUUUGUUGUAUGGUACAUAUAUGUACUACAUAUGCAACUAAAAUUGUUUGCACAAGAAAGUUAAACAUAUUAUGGAAAUUGAAAACUUGGCGUCGUUUUAAAAAAUAAAAAUAAAAAAUUACAGAUUUAGCGGUUUUAGUGCAGAAAAAAGAUAUUUUUAUACAAAAAAGCCCCGAAAUGGCUGAAACAGACCCAUCUCAACAGUAUUGCGUACGAUGGAACUCCCAUUUGUGCAGUUUGAGUACGGCAUUCCCGCAGUUGUUGGACCAAGAGAAGUUUGUCGAUGUAACCUUAGCUUGCGAAGGGCAACAAGUGCAUUGUCAUAAAGUAGUUCUUGCUGCCUGUUCUCAAUAUUUCGACAACUUACUCAGUGAAAACCCGUGUAAACAUCCCAUUAUAAUUCUUCCGAGUGAUAUCAAGCUGUGGACCAUUCAGGCACUCGUCGAGUUCAUGUACAAGGGUCAAGUGAAUGUUUCGCAAGCUGGUUUGCCGGAUUUAGUCAAAAGCGGCGAUUUGCUGCAAAUUCGGGGGCUUUGCAACACCGACAUUGGCUUGUCUGUGGAAAAUGGCUCGGAAGUUAGUAAAGUGCCAACGAAUGCGACAACAACAUCUCCCGCCGCUUCAGUGAGAAAAGAAUCGGAACGAGUCUCAGAAGAUCAAGAAUCGACGAUUAAGACAGAAACUUACGAUUUGGAGGAUGAAGAAGUCACGGAUGAUCCCAAAAAUCCAGAUUACGCAAUGGCAAACGUGACAGUUGAAUACGACGACGAACGCCGCGCUGACUCAAUGAACGACGGAACAAUGGAUGGUUACGAUGGCAUGGAAUCCGGAAGUCGACGAAUCCGACGUCCCGAAGCAACGUUGCAAGAAGCUGCUCAGUGCGUUUCUCGCGGCGAAACAUUCCAACGCGUCAGUACAAUGUUUGGCAUUCCCAUUUCGACAAUUCGUUUCUACAUGGCACGCAAAGGCAUCCUUCCGCGACGCAAACGAGGCAGAACAACAAUUACUCCCGCAACACCCGGAAAUGGCAUCAGCUCGGCAUAUCUCGAAAUGGCAACUGGAAACAUGCAAUCGUCGCCCCAAAAUGCGGAAAACAACAGUCAAAGUCCCGAUUUUAACAAUUCGCAACGUAGUUUAUCGACAAGUCCGCCGCUCGAACCGCCAUAUCACUUUGCGAACUUCAAAUUGCCCGAAUUGAGGCCGAAAUUGGUUUAAAAAUACCGCGAAAUUACCUCAUCACGUCCUGUAAAUACAGUACAAAAACAAGAGUUGAUACAAAAAAAAAAGACUUGAGAGACUCAGGCUUACAUUUUUAAGAGUUUGCUUUGAAGUUUUCUGUUCCCAAAAUCACAAUCCCGUGUGCAAUGUUUAAUUUUUAGUUCAGAAAAAAUCUGAAAAUCACAAAAAAAAAUUAUUUUUCGACACAAAAUUUUCAAGGAAAAAAUAUUUUUGAUAAAUAUCAAGGAAAAAAUGAAAAUGUUAGAAUUAAAACGUGUGUAAAUGUUAAGAAUUAAUGCUUUAAAUGUCGAAUUUGUUGUUUUUCUAUACAAAAAAAAGUCAUAGAUAUAAAAAAAGAUGUAAAUAAAAAUAAAACGAACCAAA